CUUUCAAAACUAUUAGAAAGAAUUCCUUUUUCAGCAGAUUUUUUUUUCGAAAGCCCCUCAACAGGUUAAACAAAUCUGAAGUUUAUCAACGACAUAUUUGUCUGCUUUUUAAAGUCUGUCUUGUUUUUCAUUCGUUCAGAUCUGAGGAGAGAGAGAGAGAGAGAGGCGUGGUUUAUAUCUCCUCUUUGAUCAAGAAACCACAAUUGAGCUGAAUGAACUGUAUAAUGUUAGUAGUGUAGGUGGAAUUUAUUUCAUCCUCUCUGUGGACUGUCCUUCACAGUAGUACCAAGAAGAUGAAGUUCGGCAAGGAGUUCAUCUCACAGAUGGUGCCAGAAUGGCAAGAAGCCUACAUGGACUAUAACCAUCUCAAGUCCCUCCUGAAAGAUAUCCAACGCUUCAAGCUUAGAACCAAUCCACCGGCGAAUACAGCAGCAGGUCCUCACUUAAAGCGGAAGAUGACAUUGUACAGAGCCUUCAGUGGCCUAACGCAGAGGUACCACAACCUCAAAAGCCCCACCAGCCGUGGAGGAGGAGGAGGAGACGUCGAGGACCAGGUGAUACUUGUGAAGUCAGUGCAGGAAGAGGGAUCCGAGGGACAUUACGAGACCAAUUUUCUUAUGUCAUCGGAAGAAGGAGGGGAGUACGAACUGGUCUACUUCAGGAGGCUAGAUGAGGAGCUGAACAAGGUGAACAAAUUUUACAGGUCCAAAGUGGAGGAGGUGAGAAAGGAGGCAGCCAUGCUUAAUAAGCAGAUGGACGCGUUGAUAGCGUUUCGGAUCAAGGUGGAAAACCCCACAUUGGUAUUCGACCAGUCGGCGGAGAUGAGUCGUCUUGCUUCAGAUGUUGCCACCUCCGCCGCGGCGGUGAUGGCCUCCACUCCCUCCGGUGCUAGGAGAACAGCCGCAGGGCACAUGGAGGCCAUAAAAGAAAUUGAACUUAGCAACAGAGGGAUCUCGGAAGAAGGGUGCAGUCAAGAAACAGAUAUGGAUGGAACCAAUACUACCCAUCACAGUGUUGGGCGUGAAACUCAACCAAACAGCAUCAAGGUGGCUAGACCAGCUCCCUUAGAAGUCCUUAACCGUGUGAAGAUCAACAACACACUGGAGACUCCACGUUCCACUCUAAGAGGUGUUCUCAAAGCUUCCAAGGGAACAGAGUUGAAUUUCAGAAAGAAGGAUCUUAAGAAAGUUGAAGAGCAACUGAAGCGGGCAUUUGUUGAGUUCUACCAAAAGCUUCGGCUGUUGAAGAGCUACAGCUUCCUCAAUAUCUUGGCAUUCUCGAAGAUCAUGAAGAAAUAUGACAAGAUCACUGCAAGAAAUGCAUCAAAAGCCUACUUGAAAAUGGUGGAUAACUCCUUCCUUGGCAACUCUGAUGAGCCCACUAGACUCAUGGAGAGGGUAGAAGCUACAUUCAUCAAGCACUUCACCAACUCAAACCGCAGCAAAGGCAUAAACAUCUUGAAGCCAAAAGCAAAGGCUGAAAGGCACAGGAUAACCUUUUUAAUCGGUCUAUUUACCGGCUGCACAAUAGCUCUUAUCGUAGCUCUUGUUGUCAUUAUACAUCUCAAAAAGCUCAUAACAUUGCAAGGGAGUGCAGUAUACAUGGACAGCAUGUUUCCACUUUAUAGCUUGUUUGGAUACAUUGUCCUACAUAUGCUCGUGUUUGGGGCGGAUAUAUAUUUCUGGAGGCGAUAUCGAGUCAAUUACGGAUUUAUAUUUGGUUUCAAGCAAGGGACGGAGUUGGGCUUCCGGGAAGUCUUCCUCCUCGGCUCUAGCCUUGCAGUUCUUGCGCUUGCCACUGUCAUCUCAAACCUGGACAUGGAAGUGGAUCGGAAAACAAAAACCUUUGGACCCAGCGAACUACUGCCUGUGGGACUGCUCAUCCUUCUACUUGUCAUAUUAUUCUGCCCCUUCAAUAUUAUCUACCGCUCAAAUCGCUUCUUCCUACUCCAGUGUGCAUUCCACUGCCUCUGUGUUCCUCUCUACAAGGUUACCCUCUCGGAUUUUUUCUUGGCCGACCAGCUAACAAGUCAGGUCCAAGCAAUUAGAAGCCUGGAGCUGUACAUCUGCUACUAUGGUUGGGGAAAUUACGAAAAGAGAAAACACAAAUGCAACGUUAGCGGCGUUUACAACACUUUCUAUUUCAUUGUGGCCGUAAUUCCAUACUGGUGCCGCUUCCUUCAGUGUGCUCGCCGGUUUUACGAAGAAAAAGACCGAAUGCAAGCAUACAAUGCGCUCAAGUACCUAUCGACGAUUGUGGCUGUCAUCAUGAGAACAGCUUACAACCUGCAAAAGGUAGAGAUUUGGAAAAUCCUAGCGAUAACAACUUCAGCCAUUUCAACAGUGGGAAGCACAUAUUGGGACAUUAUCAUUGACUGGGGGCUUCUGCAGCGUCACUCUAAUAACCCCUGGUUGAGGGACAAGCUUCUCGUUUCCCAUCAAAGCGUAUAUUUUGGAGCCAUGAUAUUGAAUGUGGUGCUGAGAUUUGCGUGGUUGCAAACUGUGGUGCCUCUCAAGCCCAGGAAAUUACAUAAACAAGCCUUAGUUACGAUUUUUGCUAGCCUAGAGAUCAUUCGUCGUGGGAUAUGGAAUUUCUUCAGGUUGGAGAAUGAACACUUGAACAACGUUGGAAAAUAUCGUGCAUUCAAGUCAGUACCUCUCCCGUUCAGCUACGACGAGGACGAUGACAAGGAUGAGUAAUCAUCCACACAUCCACAUAGUCUAUUAGUCCAUAGCGGGGGAAAGUAGUAAAUUUUCUGCACGCUCGUCGCUUGUCUGGACGGACGUGAAGCCAAAUCAAGUAUAAAAUAUACCUCUUGUUUUAUUCAUGAGCGAGGGUAUGUCCAUGUGCAAGAAUUUAAUUUUGUAUGAUUAGACGUAGCAGAUUUGAACUUAAUUUUAAUGGAAUGCUUCUUUUUCAUGCUUGAUUA